GCGCGCGACAUGCGGAACCCGGCGGCCGCCGCCCGGACCGUCUGGACCUCCUGGACCUCCUGGACCUGCUGGACCUUCUGGACCCUUCUGCUGCUGCUGGAGUGUGUAGAAGCAAAGAAGUAUUGCUGGUACUUUGAGGGCGGAUACCCCAUCUAUUUCAUAUGCCGCUCCUACGAGGACUGCUGUGGAACCCGCUGCUGCGUGAGGGCGCUGUCCAUCCAGAGACUAUGGUACUUCUGGGUGCUGCUGAUGAUGGGGGUGCUGUUCUGCUGCGGGGCCGGCUUCUUCAUCCGCAGACGGAUGUACCCCUCCCCCCUGAGAGACGAGCCGGCCUUUAACGUGUCCUUCACCCGGCACCCCGUGACAUCACCAGUUUCCCAGCAGCCCGGGGGCAUGCAGGGCUUUGGGGUCAACGGGAUGAUGGGGGGCGAGCCGGGGCUGCCCAUGGCCCACCCUGUGUACCCCGCGCACCCCGUGGCUCCACCCAGAUGAUGCUGAGCGCCUACCCCCCGCCUCCAUCCUACUGCAACCACCCC